CAAGGGCUCCUGUCGUCCGGUGCCACGUGUGCUCGGGUGCCGCCGCGUCACCCCGCACCCUGACCCCGGCACCUUGACUCCGCCACCCGUGGGUGGGUGUGUUUUACCCCAGGCCGCAGCCCUUCUUCCACCACUUCUACCUCGCCGGUGCCCCGGACGCCGCGCACCUCACACGCCUGGUCACCGCAGGCAUGCGAGCACAGUCCAGCCCCGGCUUCCAGCCCCGGCUGUACGACAGUGCAGGCUGAGUCAGCGGCGGGUUCGGCCGUGUACGAACUAGUACGGCACUGUGACGCGUUACCGCUGUACCGCCGCUGGUACGAACAGGACGCCUGCGUGCAGGCCGUACUGCGUACGGUAGGCUUUGGCCGCUGCGUGUAUCUGCCGUACGAUCACGAUACGUUUGUGUACGAGCAGCAGGAGGCGCGCAGCGACCCGAUGGGCGUAUCUGCGCUGCGGGAGGGGCGCAUAUAUAUUACGAGGGUACAUCCGGCCGCGACGGAGAGAUUUGGGGCUGGUACCAGAUUGAGGGGAUCUUCAAGCCUGAUCAGGACCUGAUCGAGUUGUGGGUGGAGUUCGAGUCCAAGAACCCUGGGUCAAUCCCCGGCUACAAGGCCCAGUUCCUGCUGGACUGGGACCGCGGCAGCAACGCUGUGCUGGAGCUCGGAAAACGCUGGAGGGGCAGCGUGGAGGGCCUAGGCGGCGCCUUUUCGCUACGCAACAACUAUGGCGACUCGCUGGCCUUCGCGCCGCAGCCCCACGUGUGGCACCUCUUCCUGUCCCACGUGCGGCGCGAGUCCUCCGACGCAUGCGCCGUGCUGGUGGCUCGGCUGGCGGCGCUGUCGGUGCCGGGGCGGCGGCUGAGGGCGUGGUACGACAACAGGGCAGCGGCACUAACCAAGGAAGCCAUGGGUCUGGGUAUUCAGCACUCGGCGCGCUUCGUGCUGUUCCUCAGUGCCUCCACCUUCAAGUCGGCGUACGUCAGGUUUGAGAUACAGACCGCCCUCCGUCUGGGCAAACCCACGCUCGUCCUGCACGACCCCGAUCCCGCCUCCCCGGCACACACCGACCUGCAGCAGCAGCGAGCAGCCGCGCCCCCGGCGCUGCGGCCCAUCCUGGAGGGGCCCUGCCUGGCCUGGCCCUCCCCCGGCGCCGAUCUGGACGCGUUUGUACGGCAGGUGAUGCAGGUAUGCGACUUUGGGGGACACAUGGCGGCGCCGGGCGGCAGUGGAGGGGCGGCAGAAGUGGCGGCUGGUUAGGAGUUUUGCGUGAGCGGCUUAAAGAUUUCGGUCUAUGCGGUGCUAGAUGGUGUAACGGUGGGAUGUGGCGAUGUUCGGGCGCUGAUGAAGCAUUGCAGCAGGAGGAGCGCCCCGGAUGCUUGAGGUGGGAUGGUGGGGGCGCAUGUCGGGCGGGGGGCAAACCUGAUUGGAGUUGAAAACAGUGAUUGAGGCGGCAAGGGGCACGUGUACACCCUUCAUUGAGGUUACGAUACGUGUCCACUCGGGACGGAUGACAUGGUGUUUCACUUAGGAAGGGCCCGACCUGGCAAGGAUGCCAUAUUGCCAUUGUCUCUUUGCUGUUGCUCACUCGGCCCCAUAAUGCGAUCUGCUCAGAGCCCACGGAGAGAGCUUUGAUACUGUUGAUGUGCUCUCGUGUUGAGCAAACCGUUCGUUGACAUGUCAUUGGCCUUUCUCAUUGGCCUCGCAUCAUCAACCCCCUCUCCCCUCCCCACCAUCACACCACACAUUGGAAUUUCUUUUCUCCC